AGCUCUGACUAUUACCAGAUCUCUACACUGCAGAGACGCGCCAGGAUGCCUUUCUCCAUCAGCUGUAAACUGUUUUUGUGUUUAACUUUGCUUCUUUUGUUUCCCUCGCAAGGGCAACCUGAACCCGCCUUGUUGAAACGACCGAAUGUGCACCAACUCAUUCCCUCCUGCUGCAUGACAGCUUCACUGGCCCGCAUUAAGCAAACUGUCAUCGCCUGCUAUGAACAGAGGGAAGGCUUCUUUGCUAAUUGUAAAAUACAUGCAUACAUUUUUGUCACUAAGAGGAACCAAAAAUAUUGUGUGGACCCAACUGCCAGCUGGCUCCCAGAAAGGCUGGAGAGGUUAAAGAAAAGAGGAAUACGCUGCCAAUCGCUGUGAAAGGCCUUCAACUAGCAGGAUGAAGAUGAUGCAUUAUGACCUUCUCAACAGAAAUCUUUUCACUAGCACCAAUAUUUCUUUAAUUUAUUUCCUCUGUCUUAAAAUACAUUGGUUAUCAAAUCACU